AUGGCUCCUCCAUUUCAAUUUCGGGGCAAUGGCCCUCCCCCACGAGGUCCCCGUGGCCAAAACCCAAGACAUGAGUUCUCCUUCCGCCCACCACCGCGCCACAUUUCAGAGCGCCCAUUGCUGCGAGAGAUGAGGGAGCCGACCCCGGAGCUGCUCUUCCCCGAAUCCGAGCCGAAGCCUGCUCCAAAGUUCGCGUCUCUGGAAGACUUGAGCGAUAGCGAAGAAGCGGAGAUGGAGCUCUCGGAUGAUGGAGAUUCGGAUGCCGAGGCCCGUCCGCGCAAAAAGCGCGUCGUGGACGCCGCGGGCGAGGAGGAAUCGGCCGAGCCUCUGCUCGCGUCCAUCCCCACUCCUGCGCCAGAUCCUCCGCAGCCAAAGUGGUCCAACCCUGACCCCUACACGGCACUGCCUCCUCCAGAUGAGAGUCAGCAUAAGCGCAUCGACGUGGUGAAGUUGAUUCGAAAGGCGAGACUGGCGGCCACUCCAACAGAGCCCAAGGUGAAAGAUGCCGUCGUCGACAACGAUGACUUUAUUUCCCUCGGUGCCUUUGGAGACGAUGCCGGAGCGUCUAAGAAGCCAGAGAAUGAACCACCGUCGAACGCGCCUGCGGGCCCCAGGGGCUCGGAAAGUAGAGAAUCCGCUGCGGCAUCUCGCAAGCGCACUCGAGAUGACCAGCCAAAGCCUCUUACUACCAAGACUGGGAAGCCACUGCGGCGCUUUAAAAUGGAUGGGUCGAUUCUCGAUGAAUGGCUACCAUUUAGGGAUCAAAACGCUACCCCAUGGAUGGACCAUCUCCCGUCCUUGAAUGUCGCGGCUCGUCUUCAAAAUGAGGUUCUUGGUUUCUACCAGUGGGUUAAGCCGCAGCGGUUCGAGCAAAUCGUGCGCCAGGACGUCGUGGACAGGCUCGAGCGAGCCUUCCAGCGGCGUUAUUCUGGUGUGACGAUACACGCUUUUGGAUCCUUUGCCUCUGGCAUGUAUCUUCCCACUGCGGAUAUCGAUCUAGUCCUCUUAUCGACGUCAUUCACCAAGACUGGCAUCCGCGCCUUUGGUGAAAGAAAAGGUCAAAUCUAUGCAUUUGCCGCCUUUGUCAAGAAUUCGGGUCUCGCCGUGGACGGCACUGUGGAGGCCAUUGCCAGUGCACGGGUGCCCAUUCUCAAAUGGGUUGAUAAAUUGACCGGGCUGCGUGUUGAUCUGUCGUUCGACAAUGACAGUGGUCUCCUGGCCAACCGAACUUUCCAAGUGUGGAGCGAGCAGUACCCCGCGAUGCCCGUGUUGGUUUCCGUAGUGAAGCAGUUCUUGCUCCUUCGAGGCUUGAAUGAAGUUCCAACUGGCGGUCUCGGUGGUUUCUCGAUCACCUGCAUCGUCACGAGCCUUCUUCAGCACAUGCCUCGUAACAGAGAGGAAAACAUCGGAGCUCUCUUGAUGGAAUUCUUUUACUUUUAUGGCAAAGUCUUCAACUUUGAAAAGACGGGUAUUCGAAUGAACCCCCCAGGUUACUACAACAAGACGUUUGAGAACCCUGAUCGCCUGUCUAUUGAGGACCCAAACAAUUCCUCCAAUGACAUUUCCGGAGGUACCAAGGAGAUUGACUUGAUCUUUCGAGCCUUUCGCAAUGCAUACUGGAGCCUGCGAGAUCGAAUGGACAGGAUCAAUGACCGUGGGAUGCGAGAAGCCAGUGUCCUGGAAGCGAUCAUUGCGGCCAAUUAUGAUGAGUAUCUUGACCAGCGCGAGGAGCUGCGUCGGGUCUUUGACACUGCACCGCAAUUCGCCAGGCACCGGCAACCACCGCCUCCUCCGCCUCCACUGCCUGCGGAUUCUCCUCCCCCUCCGCCUCCGUCAACGUAUCGGUCCGCUCGACCAGGCCCACGAACCUGA